UAGAGUUUCUCCCGGUAACGGAUCUCUUUGACCGCCAUAGAUUCGGUUUCUCCUCCUCUGUCCCUCACACAUCAAUACUACCUGCAACACUUCACCGAGAGAAACAACAAUUUACCCGGGCAUGAUUCAUUUUUUUCUUUCUCAGACUUUAGAUUAAACUCAUGGUGAUCGCCGAGUGCGCCUGGGGGUCGCUGCCCGGCGUCGUGUUACCUUCCUCGGGGCACCAUGGGCUCGUAAGAUGCCUUCGCUGUGGAAACGGAUAACGUUCUCGGUGGCCUCGGUGCUCUGUGUCGGCUCGGUGGUGCUCUUGGUCGUGGCCCUGUCCACGGAGCGGUGGGUCACCGGACGGAUCCUGUGCAAAACCGGGGCAGAGAUAGUGAACGCGUCCCACCCGGAGCUGGAGCAGUUCAUCGGGGACAUUUACUACGGCUUGUUCCGGGGAGGGAAGACCAAGAAGUGCGGACUGGGCAACAGGCGCUCCAAAAUAUACAUUUUCCCAAAGCUUGUGCGGAAGCUAAAUGGCGGCCUCCACAUGAUGGUUAUCCUCUUCCUGCUGGUGGCUGUGGGCUUUGCGUUGGUCAGUCUGUCUUUCUGCAUUUACAACGCACGCAAGGUUCCCUACCAGAGCAUUAAAGGGCACAAAGGACUCUACCUGUGGAACUUCAUAGCUGCUCUCUUCGGAGCCCUGGGCGUGCUGUGUUUCCUGGCAGCCAUGAGGCACCACAGUCUGACCGAGCUGAUUGCCAAUCAUCGGGAGAACCUCUUUGUACUGGUUGUUCUGGACAACAGUCUGGACUGGUCUUUCUGGCUUGGUGUGGGCAGCAUUGCGACUCACUUUGCCGUCUGUGGAGUGGUUGCCAUGAGCCGGAUCAAAUUGCCCAAACCGGAGAUCAAGAAACCCGAAGAACCCACCAUCUCUGCUCUGGACCUGCUCUACUGAAGGACAACACGAGGAGGAUUUACAUCACUGAUGGCUGACUGGAGGGAGCCACAAUGACUGACAGCAGAGUGAAACCAACACUGUGCCAGUGCCCCUCAGUCUUGACACUGUGUAUGAGUGCAAAGAGUGCUGCAUCACAAACUUGCCCUUUGCAUUCUGGACAUCCUGUGCUGCAUAUAUUCUGUUUAAAUCUGUAAAAUGUAAAUACAUCUUUUUUUUUAAAUUAUAUGUAGAGAAUGUCAUUAACUGAUCUGUGUUUCAGUCACUUUAAGCCCCUUCAUGAAGGACGGAAGUUUUGUAC